GAAACGUCGACAAAUUUCUACUUCGUUUUUAGUAAUUCAGAGUUGCAACACAGUUAGUUGCUGAAGAGUUUUCAAUAAAUGGAUUAUCUUUUGAUGGUUUUCAUCGUCAGCAUUGCAAAAUUGUUGCAGAGCACGCAUAUUGUCAAUGCUGUUGAAAUUGAUGCGACCACCACUGACGCCAACAACAACAAAACCGAUUCAGCAAAUCGAACGCAAUAUUUUAUAUUUGUUUUGAAUUCAUUGUCAACGUACAAAAAUGAUGAAUUCUAUAAUGCGUCAGUUGAUUGUUUUUUCGAGCAAUUGAAUGCGACCAAAGUGCUGUUGAUCAAAGAACCACUUGAAGCAUUAAACGAAUGUAAAAAUGCAUCGUGUUAUAGUGAUGUGGGAAUCGAAAUGGAGCUUACUGUUGAAGAAAUUGCCGAACAAAUGCAACGUUGUUUGGAUCAAGCCCAUGCCACUGGCUCAUUGUAUACCGAACUGAUGAAAGCCAUCGAAUACUGUAAUAAACGAUCCAAAAUGCAACUGGACCAACUGAUUGACAAACUAAAAUCGGAUAAUAGUGCGGUCAUUCAAAAUAUUCUGCAUCGAAUCAUAGCCAUCGAACAGAAACUUGAAAAUCAACAUCGGGCUAUUGUUAAAAAACGUGAUAAAAAUAUCAUCGAUUUCAUCAAAGAGUUACUUGUUUAGUUAGCUAAAAAUUCAAAUGGCAACACAACAUUUAUGUGUGAAAAAUGAAACUCCACAAAUCCACAUUUUCAAUGCUUGUUAAAAAAAACAACUAAUGAUUAAUAAUAACGCAUAAAAUUACACGA